GGCCCAACAACGAGAAGUUUCCUUUCAUUUUUCUUACCACGGGAGAAGUUGAAGUGUUCGUGGAAACGCCACUAACGAGAUCUAGCACGGACGGACGACCCCUAGUGUGGAAACGAGCUUUCACUGAACCCUAGAAGAAGAAAGAAGGAAGGAAGGAGAGGAUUAGAGAUUCAGCAUCGAUCGAUCGAAGAAGAUGAACAUUUUCAGAUUAGCAGCUGAUAUGACUCACCUGGCCUGUGUCCUCGUCUUGCUCCUCAAGAUCCACACCAUCAAAUCCUGCGCUGGUGUGUCAUUGAAGACUCAAGAACUCUAUGCAAUCGUCUUCGCUACGCGUUAUUUGGAUAUUUUCACGAGCUUUGUCUCUGUCUACAACACCUUCAUGAAGUUGGUCUUCUUAGGAAGCUCCUUCUCGAUUGUUUGGUACAUGAGGUAUCAUAAGGCUGUCCAGAGGACUUACGACAGGGAGCAAGAUACCUUUCGCCAUUGGUUCCUCGUGCUUCCUUGCCUUCUCCUAGCUCUUCUCAUUCACGAAAAGUUCACCUUUCUCGAGGUACUGUGGACGUUUUCGUUGUACUUGGAGGCUGUUGCUAUAUUACCUCAGCUUGUCUUGCUUCAAAGGACUAGAAACAUUGAUAACUUGACUGGGCAGUACAUAUUUCUCCUUGGGGGUUACAGGGGAUUGUACAUCUUAAACUGGAUCUACCGCUACUUCACUGAGCCACACUUUGUUCACUGGAUAACAUGGAUCGCGGGGCUUGUUCAAACAUUGCUCUAUGCCGACUUCUUCUAUUACUAUUUCCUAAGCUGGAAGAACAACAAAAAGCUCCAGUUGCCAGCUUAAUUUCUCAAUUUUCGAUGCUCGGAAACCCUACCAUUCAAGUUUGGUGUCUGGCUACAAUAUCUGCCGGAAACUUUACUAGUUUACUCUGUUGGUAGUUAAUGGAUGAGACGAGCAUAGAUUAUAUGUAAACUCCAGCGAUCUAACUUGUUACACAUUUUUGAACUUUUUCGUGUCUCAGCUUUUGUCAAGUGUUACUAAAAUAUUUCGACAGGACAAAUCUUGCAAGUA